AGUGACUUUUAUUUAAAAUAUCUCCUGUAAAUGGCGCACUGAUCAAGUUAAACCCGAUGGAGAUUUACACGUAUUGUGUAUAGUGUAUGAUUUGUUCUUCACGCACACAAUAACAGCACGAUAGAGAAACAGCCAUAACGUGUGCAAGUCACAAAUCCGCCUCUUUUAACCUUUUCAUCAUUUCUUAAAAUCUCGAAUGUUAGCAUCGAUGAAUUUGGGUUCUUUUGUUUCUCCUUUUUUUCCCUGAUUCCUUAUUCUUUCUUAUUCUAAUUCUGAUUCUUUUCUUUUGGCCGCAUGGUAAAGGUCCUGACAAAAGAACGAGCAAAAAGCAACAGCUGGUGCUUUGCUCAUUUUAUUUACUGUGCCAUGCGAGUUUAUUUCGCAACGGAUGAAGGUUUUGCCUGCCAGGACAUAAUUCCUUUGUGUGAAUCACAAGAUAUCUGAAGAGAUUUAACGUGUAAAUACCUUCUGGUGACAAGCCCUAACUCUUUUGUGUAGUACAAUCAUGAAACUAGCUGAGGAUCCCUUUUUUUGGAAGUUUGCCUGAAAUCAGACUGCCAAUCUGUUUUGGAAUAGGAUUUGCACAUCUGGGUCUUCCAAGAAUUGCAUUACAUGAGAGCGCUUUGCAGCACCUCUGGCCUCUGUACAUAUUUUGUGAAGGUGUUGAGUAAGGAUUGUCAUUGCCAUGCCGACACACCCAUUGAUUCCACAUGUGGAGAGUCCUGACGGGCUGGGCCAUGAUAUCCUCAACCACAGCAGUGCCACUAUGCCCAGCUCUGGCUCCAGCUCCAGUAUAACAGCCCACAUGACCCUGGCUGAGAAGGUUGAAAUGCAGCUGGUGGUGCCGGUGCCAGGCAGCUCACCUCUGGCCUGCAUGUUCUGCGAGGAGACGUUCGAGCACGAGGAUGAGCUCGGGCCACAUCUUCACUCCCAGCACCCCACCACAUUUCACGCUCCUGCCGUACUUCGCGUGGAGGCAGAGUUCUUAACACCCAGUGAAAGGAUUCGCUCCAAAGCAUGCCAGAAUGAGCCGAAUGAGGAGCUAAGCUGUGAUGUGUGUGGCCAAGCCACCGAAAAUAUCAAUGCACUCGAGGCUCACAUGCGGAAACACAAGGACUCCUUCAUUUACUCCUGUGGCCUGUGUGGUAGGCGCUUCAAGGAACCCUGGUUCCUCAAGAAUCACAUGAGGACCCAUGGCAAAUCCAAAUCCACCAAGGGCCAGGACGCAGAGGUGCCGGUCACCAUCAACGGCGUCGUCCAAGAUCGACCAGCAUCGCCUGUGAUAACAACUUACAAAAUGUGCAUGGUCUGUGGGUUUUUCUUCCUCAACAAGGAUGUGCUUGCAGAGCACAGCAAAGUGCAUAACCGAGAGCCAGAAGCAGAGGAAGUGUGCGAUAAAAGCCAGCUGAAUCCAGAGGUGCCUGUCUCUCAGGAAUGCUUUCUUCAGUACUUCAAUUUGCAGAGAACUUCUGAAGACUCUGAGCAAAAAUGCCAACCUGGCCGUUGGAUUUCACAACUGGACCCGUUCAAUACUUACCAGGCAUGGCAAUUGGCGACCAAAGGCAAGAUUGCCGCAGGUCCUAACCUGAGCAAAGAGCUCAAUCCUGACUCCAAUUCUGACAAUGAAGAGUCCGGUUCAGAUAAAGAGGAGCUAGGUUCUAUUUGGGACUCUAGCGGUGGAGAUAAACUGGUAAGGCGAGGCCUGAGGAAUGAGCUGAAGGCCAAACUCGGAGGUGGCGAUCUGGCAGAGCAGAAGAGUCUGAGUCUGCGCAAAGAUAAGCCCACAGACUGCGAGGAGUGUGGCAAAACAUUCAGAACCUACCAUCAGCUGGUUCUGCACUCUAGAGUUCACAAGAGAGAGAGAGGAGGAGCAGAGAGCCCCACCACACCAGUAGAAGGGAGGACACCGAGUGUCAGCUCUGCCGGGAGUCCGUCACUGGAUCGAGCGGAAGAUGGCUCUGAGGACGGCUAUGAAGAAGGGGUGCAUGUUGAACCUUUUCAGUCAGAUAAAAUUGAAGAAGGCUCACACAAAAUGAAACUAAAAAUCCUUGCGCCAAGGAAGUGUUGUUACUGUGGCAAGACCUUCCGCUCCAACUAUUACCUCAAUAUUCAUCUCAGGACACACACAGGUGAAAAACCUUACAAGUGUGAAUACUGUGAUUAUGCUGCAGCUCAGAAGACCUCUCUGAGGUAUCACCUGGACCGACGUCACAAAGACAAGCCUUUUACUGAGAUCCCCAACAUUCCAGUGACUGCACCUGCUGCUAACGGCACCAAAGGUCACGAGUCUCCUAACAUGGAUGACAAGCCGGCCUCCAAGCCAGCUAAACAAUGGCCUGCCCCCAGUGUUGUGUGCACAAGCGCCAAACAUGAAGCAGUACCCAGGCGAGCAGCUAUUCCCAUCUCUAGCCCGGUCACGUGCAUCAAAGAGGAGUGUGGCAACAUGGCUGCCACGACUCCUUACACUCCUCCCAAUGAGCCGCACUCGAACGCCGCUUUCCCAAUCAACCUGAAGGCAGAGGAGAAAGAAGCCUCUGAGGCACCAAUAAACCUCUCCCUCAAAGCAUCUCUGUCUUUAUCUGCUACCUCUAUACCUAGAAAUAUGUUACUGACCAACACCUGCACUUCCUGUCCAUAUGAAACCCUCUAUCCUGAAGUCUUGCUCAUGCACAGGAAGCUUUUACAUAAGAAGUCUGAUGCCAAAAAGAAUUCGUACCGGCCCCCGCUGAAGCUCAAGCGCUAUACCGGGUGUCCCCCAGCACUCGAAGGAAAAGACGUGGCCCCGUUAGCCAACAUCGACCGAAAGCAUCCUCGCCGGACCAAAUCCCCAACACCGCAACCUGGAAAAUCUUCCAGACCAACUCCGAACACGCACAGGUCUGUACCCGGGAUUGGUGCAAAGAAAGCAGAGAUUUCAAAAGUGUCCCCUGCAAAAGAGACCUGGACAGAGAAGCAGAAGGCAAGCCAGAGGUUCAGGUCUGUUGAAUCUGUUAUAAGCGUCCAAACCAGGUUUCCAGAAUCAUCGGCUGAACCCAACCGGAAACAGGCGGUCUCGCAGAAACCUGCUCCUGUUACAAAUGGAGUCCUGUGGCCCUCAGAAUCAAACCGGCUGUGCCUGUCCGAUCGAUUCAGGAACCUGACGCAAACAGACUUUGGUGAACCCUCCAGCAAGAGACAGAGACCUUCCGAGCCUCUGCAGGGUACAGGGCGAAUCGCAGAGCUGUCCUCGGACAGGAACAUGAAAAACUACCUGCCCUUGUCUUCUGCUCGUGUGGCACCCUCAGGUUCAGGGAGUAGUAUGGACGCUGACUGGAAUGUAAUCAACCUGCUGCGUACGUACACGCCCAACGAACUGGCAUCGCUGUACCAACCUGCUAUCCCAGGCUCCAGCCAUGCUGUAACUGGAAAUUCACCCACCGCUGGGAGCCGGGCUCGGCCCUUCUCACGUUACCCCGGAAACAUCUUUCAGCGGAGAAGCCACCCCAACCCACCUGACACCACCUCUUAGAACAUGGUUUGAACUAUUUGGAGGAUCCAUGACUGGAAAGAAAAGUUUACUCCUGACACUACUUCUAGAGCCAGACACGCGACCAAGAUGUGAUAUUAAUGCUGCGUGGGGGUUUCGUCUCUUUAUCUCGACCUUGGUUACGAAGCAGAAUGAACUCAGAACUGGGCCUUGAACAGUGUUACACAUCAUAACGUUCCAGUAUAUCAACAGCGUACCGAUGCGGUGUUGCACUUAACGCAAAACACAACAUAUCAUGCACUCCUAUUCACUGUAAGUUUGACAUGUUCCUAAAUCGAAUGCUUCUGGGGCACAGCUUUGGUUUGCCCCACAAUAUUACAUCGAAUAAGUGCCUCUUCUACUUGAUCUAAAUGCUGUUACACAAAGGUAAGAUAGACCAAAUAAACUUGACCCACGUUUGCUUCAGAGAUAUGAACUAUUUUGUAAAUGUUACGACAUUUCUAUUAAGGCUGUGCUGAAAAAGGGUUGACUUUAUGCCAUGCAGCUUUUGGCGGUUUUUGAUAUUGCAAUUUAAAAACGUUUCAGUUUCCCCCAUUUGUGAAAAAUGAAAGCUGCUGUUUUUUUUUUUUUCCUCUUUGGUGUUAAUUUUCUGUCUAAAAACUGAGACACACAAAAUAACGGUGACGUACUAUGUACUUUCUUUGUAUGGGGACUUUGCUCCGAGUCUCUCACUGUGACGCACGGACACGGCAUCCUCAGGUCUGAUGGACGACAGAACUGUGAUCGAACUCUCUGUGAGGGAUUCCCAUGGGUUGAAGUUAGAUUUUCACACACUUUUGAUUUAUUUCCUAUCUUUUUUUUUUGGUCAAGGAUAUAUAUUUAUUUUUCUUGCGAAUGUCCAGCUCUGGUUUGUAGUCAUUUGUGUGUGGAAAAGAUAGCUGAUGCGAUUACGGCAUUUGUUUCGCAACUUCGUUCUCAGAGCCUGCCAUUGCAGCUUAUUUACUGUGACCAACUUGUUAUGCUCUGCUUUUCUAAAACUACCUUAUUCACCUACCCUACAGUUACGUCAUUUCCUAGUGCAGGAAUGUUAAUUUAUUUGCUGAUAUUUAGUGACCAUUUGAUAAACUUGAAAUCUUUUUUUUUUCUUUUUUCUUUUUCCCCUACCAGUCUGUUAAACUGGGAGAAAAGCCUGCUGUCGAUGGUUAACACGCUGUCCGCUAACGUGUGGCUCAAAUUGAGUAAUAUUUGUCCGUGUAAAUCGAGUGUUUGUUUAACCUCUGUUGUCUUUCAGUAUUGGAUUUUCUCAGUGUUUAAUGUGUUUUUUUUUUUUUGCUUAGCUAAGAUGGAUACAUCAUUGAUUAUUCGCCAUAUGUAAAUAUGUGUGUUUGUCAGUUAUCAGUUCUCCAUUGGUAUUUUUAUUCUUCUGCACUUUCACUACUAAUAUAUAUAAAUAUAUAUUGUUUCGUACGAUCAGUUGGAGCUCUCUUCCUGUUCUGGGAACACUGUGCACUGAGCAGAGCAGUGUAAAUGCAAUAAACUCCCCAGAAUUUCUACAGACUACAGUUAUACAGGAAAACAUACACGCUGCGAACAAAACAGCAAGGAUUUCAGCUCUGUCAUUCAGUAUGUACGUGCUAAUCUUUCCCGUUCUUCUAUACCUUUUGUAUCCACUCUCUCAUGAGACUUACGAGUGUAUUUCCGACUGUUCAGUCGCAGAAUAAAGCAAUAUGUGUGCGCUAACGGACAUGUCCGAUUUACCCUUUCAUUUCCACGGUGAAAAAAAUGACCCUUUCUUGCACAGUAUUGUGCACUGUGUAUUGUAUAAAUGCCAUUUUCUUGGAUCGCAGUACAACAGGUUGCUCGGGAUAAUAAUGUUCGUCUCCUUCCAGAUCUUAAAUAUUACAGUAGGAGGAUCAGCUACUAUAAGUCGCCCCUUGGUGUGAAUGAGAGGGUGAAAGUGUGGGCAUGCUGCCCCUUCCCAGCUUGUGUCCAGUGUUUUGGUGGAAUUGGUUCCAGUUCAAACACAUUAUGGAUUAACCUGACCACAGGUCAAGAUGAUACAGAUGAUAAAUCUUUAGUUUCCUUUUAGUAUUUAGUUACAUACUUGCUGUUUAGAUAUUGAAGAUGAUUUUCUUUAUCAUAACACAAAGGAUUUCUUUUUUCUUUGUCUCUUCUACCUAGAAAAACCAAAGCUUGUUUUUAAAUACAGUUACAGGAAAUCUGAAUUCCACUUUAAAGACUAGUUGCAUGUCACAGCAGUGAAAAUCUGUAGGAUGUUGUGCAGAAGGUCAGGUUCAAGCCCCAGCACUGCCAAGCUGCUACCUUUAGCCCCUUCAGCAGGGCCAUUAACUCUCUCUGCUCUCUGCUGUAUCGCAUCUGACCUCAACUUUCUCACAAGCUGGGAUAUGUCCAGAAAUUCAUCUCAAUUUGCUGUAAUUUAUCUGACUAAAUGGAAAUGUUUUUAUUUCCCUUUAUAUAUUAUUUCUUAUAAUUAUCUGACGUUUGUGGAAGCCUAUUGGUCUACAAUGUUAUGAGUUCAAAUCCCAGGUCCACCAACCUGUUUCAAUUGCUCAGCUGUAUUAAAAUGAGAAGUGUCAGUUGCUCUGGACGAGGUUGUCUGCCAAAUGCAGAAAUGUAAAUUUCCCUUAACAAAUAAAAAUAGAUUUUAUUCGUCUCA